CUAUCAUCCCACUUAAACUGAGGUUUUCAAAGUUUUUAGUGGAAAAUACAAGAGCAUUUUUUUUUUUGUUCAUCAACACCAAUCUCCGAUUAUGGCUAGCCCCAUUCUAAGAUUCAAUCACAAGAGCAAUGUUGUAUUUUCUGUGCUGGUGCUUCUAUGCGUCACACUGUUGAUACAGGAGAGUGAUGCAGCUGAGUUUGCAAUAAGUUGGAGUGUUCCGAAUGCCUCUGCGCCUCACUUGGAUCAAUGGGCUGAAAAUAACAGAUUUCAAAUUGGAGACUCCAUAGUUUUCAACUACUCUCCUGGCCAAGACUCAGUGCUUAGAGUAAACCAGGACGACUAUACAAAUUGCAACAUCGAUGCCCCUACUGCGAAAUAUACUGAUGGCCACACUGCCAUCAAGUUCGACCAAUCUGGGCCAUUUUAUUUCAUCAGUGGCAACAAAGACAACUGUCUCAAAAAUGAGAAGGUGGUAGUGAUUGUGUUGGCAGAUAGAACCAAUAGAAAUGCAACUGCCCCUUCGCCUUCAAACUCAACUGAUAUAACCCCAUCUCCAGCUCCUGCCGGUGAAGCGUCUCCACCUUCACCAGAUACAGGGGUGGUCGAGAACCCUACUCUAGCUCCCGAAAGCCCUCCACCGCCCAGCGGGGCUUCUCCAGUUUUCAUGAGUUUGUUGGGGUCCAUUGGAGCUUUUGCUGCAUCCUCAUCACUUUUACUACUCUAACUGGAUAUUGGAUUGUUUGAGUACAAAGUUCGUUUCUGCUUUGAGAGUUUCCUUCUCCCCCCCUUUUUUUUUUUUUUUUUUUUUUUAUACCCUUUUCUGAUUUAUUGUUUUUUAUUUUCUUUAAGCUCGGUAUAUAUCUUUGGACUGGUGUUUGAUAUUCGUUUGUUGCAAUUGGAAAAUAAGGAGGGAGUAACUCAUUAGUGUGUUUGUGAGACUCCACCAUAAGGGCCAAUAAUGUAAUUACACAAAGAAAUAAAUUGAUUUUCAUACUGUC